AUGGCCACAAUGAUCAUAGCUUCAUCCAAACCAGUAAUCCGAAUCCCCACAAACUCCCUCCCCACCACCACCCCCAAACUCCCCUCCCUCCAUCUCUCCCUCCCAACCAUCUCCCCCAAACUCAAACUCCAUCUCUCAAAACUCAAAUCCCUAACCCUAGCCACAACCUCCCUCUCCUUCGCCUCCUUCGCCUUCGCGCCGCCCUCCUUGGCCUUCGAAAAAGCCGCACUCUUCGACUUCAACCUCACUCUCCCCAUCAUCGUCGUCGAGUUUCUCUUCCUCAUGGUCGCCCUAGACAAACUCUACUUCACGCCUCUCGGGAAUUUCAUGGACCAAAGGGACGCUGACAUCAGAGCCAAACUCAACAGCGUGACGGACACGUCGGCGGAAGUGAAGCAGCUGGAAGAUCAGGCGAAUGCUAUUUUGAGAGCCUCGCGUGCGGAGAUCGCGGUGGCGCUGAAUCAGAUGAAGAAAGAGACACAGGCUGAAGUUGAAGCGAAGAUUGCGGAAGGGAGGAAGAAAGUGGACGAGGAAUUGCAAGAGGCGCUUGCUAAUUUGGAAAAGCAGAAGGAAGAAACGAUUAAGGCUCUUGAUUCUCAGAUUUCGGCUCUUAGCCAGGACAUUGUAAAUAAGGUUCUCCCCACUUCUUAA